GAUGAAGGAUGGUAAAAGUCUUAAGUUUCCUUCCAUCAAAGUCAUGGAGUAUAUAAAGCACUCGCAUGCAUUGGUACUAUUUGCAAGCUCUCUUGGGAAGAAAGUUUAAGCCUUAGCUAGAAAAAGGAGAGUGAGUAGUGAGUUUUUUGAGAAGCAGAAGAAAGGAAGAAAGGUGGAGUGAGUGAAUUCAAAAAGAUCACCCACCAUGGGGAGACCUCCUUGCUGUGACAAAGUUGGCAUCAAGAAAGGUCCAUGGACACCUGAGGAGGAUAUCAUCCUUGUCUCUUACAUCCAAGAACAUGGUCCAGGAAAUUGGAGAUCAGUGCCUACUAAUACUGGGUUAUCAAGGUGCAGCAAAAGUUGCAGGCUUAGAUGGACAAAUUACCUCAGGCCAGGAAUCAAGAGAGGGAACUUCACUCCCCAUGAGGAAGGAAUGAUAAUUCACUUGCAAGCUCUACUGGGUAACAAAUGGGCAGCCAUAGCUUCCUAUCUUCCACAAAGAACAGACAAUGACAUAAAGAAUUAUUGGAACACCCAUCUAAAGAAGAAGCUGAAGAAAUUUCAAGCAGCCUUGGAUCCACACUCAGCAUCAGACUCAACAGCAAGUGGUCAGUUUCUACCGAAGAGCUUUAGUGACAGAAGAAGCUUAGACAUCAGCAGCAGCAACAAUAAUCAUGGCUCAUCCAUUAGGCUUAGUCAUCAGUCUCAGUCCUCUUCCACAACAUAUGCCUCAAGCACUGAGAACAUCUCAAGACUCUUGGAAGGUUGGAUGAGAUCUUCCCCAAAGCCACUCAAGGGAUCAUCAUCCCAAGAUGAUGAAGAUAUUCAGCUCCAAGGCAUCAAUGAUGAUGAUAAAAAUAACAACAACUUUGAAAGCACUACUAAGCUAGUGAACCUUCAUCAUCUUCAGCACAAAGUAAGAAACAAAGAUGAGCAUCAAGAGGGUGGUGGUGGUGGCGUAGAUAACAUGGUUUCUCAUGAAGAGUUUGAUUCUAUUUUGUCUUUUGAGAACCUUAACAAUGCUGCUUGGGACAAGUCCACUUGUGAUUCCAUGCCAGAAAAGAGUUCUGAAGCUGCUGCUGAGUAUUUUGUUGAUCAUCAUCAUGAUAUAGCUGCUCAUGAGAGGAACAACAUUAGGCAAAAAUCUGAGAACAGUGGUGCUCCUCCAUUGUCAUUUCUUGAGAAGUGGCUCUUGGAUGAAAGUGUUGGUCACCAAGUGGAGGAGAUGAUGGAGUUGUCUCCUAUGUUCUAAUUAACAUGGAAUUGUCACCAAUUAAUCCCUUCAAGUUUGGGAAGUGACAUUCAAAUCUUAUGAUAUUAGUCAGAUGAAAGAAGAGAUCAAAGGAAUGAAACUCUUUGAGAUCUGACUAGGGUUUAAUCCAUUUACAAUGGGUUGAGAUUCUCAGAAGCUAUGGGAUCUCUCUUUCAACUUGUAACUUGGAAGUUCAUGAUGAAGGGUUUAAUUAUUUCAAGUAAUACUAUAUGCUUAGUGCAUCUUGCUCUC